AUGACAUUCGGACUUCGCAACGCGGCUCAAACCUUUCAAAGUUUUAUUGAUGAAGUACUCACCGGCUUUGAUGAAUUUUGUUUCGGGUAUCUGGAUGAUAUACUGGUGUUUUCUCCAUCCGUGAGCCUCCAUAAAAAUCACUUACAUCAGCUGUUUAAACGACUGAGUGAGUACGGCGUUUUGAUUAACCCUGCCAAAUAUGCCUGGGGCCAAUCUGAAGUAUCCUUUCAGGGCUAUAAUGUAUCCGCCUCAGGAACACAACCGUUUGAUGUAAAAGUGCAGGCGAUUCAGGAGUUUCCAGUACCGAAAACGAUAAAAGAGCUAAGAAGAUUUCUGGGAAUAUUAAAUUUUUACAGGAGUUUCAUACCAAAGGCAGCAAAGACCCAGGCACCGCUGAAUGUGUUAUUAGAAGGCCCCAGAAUCAAAGGAGCUCAUUCGGUCAACUUCACUCCCGAACAACUGAAUGCUUUUCACCAAACCGAAACUACCGAUUUUUUGGCUGCUGAACAAGCUGACAUAGGGAACGACAUUAGAACUACUAAUGAUAAGAUAAAACGUUUAGAAGCUGAAAACUCGAAGCUGUCUACGGAUCUAAUGAAGCUGGACGGGCGUCUACGCACAGUUGAAGACAAUUCGAGACGACGUAACGUUGAAAUUCAAAUGUUACCUGAACAAAAAUCGGAAAACCUUUCAAGUGCAUUAAAAAAAAUUUGUGAACAACUAAAUUAUAUAAUUCCGGAUAGUGAAAUCCGCUCCAUCCGUAGAGUAGCCAAGCUUCAACCUCAAUCUGACCGGCCUCGUAGUGUACUUGUUGAUAAUAACUCAGCUCCAGUAUAUAUAGUAGAGCAUCUUUCGCCGGAGAGUAAAGAGCUACAUGCUCUAGCCCGCAAGACUGCUAAACAAUUAUCGUACAAACAUGUAUGGGUGAAGCAUGGCAAAAUUUACAUGAAGAAGACUGAUGACAGUGCAUUGAUUCUGAUUAAAAAUCAUAAUUCUUUGACCAAAUUAAUUCACACAUCUGCUCCUCUCUCCUCAUUUCCUGUCACUUCCUCGAGGUGCACCCAUAUCCACCUCGACCUCGUAGGACCUUUAACUCUGUCUUGUGAUUACAGAUAUUGCCUUACUGUCAUCGACCGCUUCACCCGGAGGCCGGAGGCAAUACCGCUCAGGGACAUUGCGGCCGAGACAUGCGUGGCCGCCCUCGUAUCCGACUGGAUAUCCCGGUUUGGCUGCCCGCAGCGAAUUACAACGGACCGUGGCCGUCAGUUCGAGUCUCACUUGUUCCGAGCCCUCACCACCAUGCUCGGAGCACAUCACUUUCAUACUACCGCCUAUCACCCUAUCGCCAACGGUAUGGUUGAACGCCUGCACAGGCAACUAAAGGGCGCCAUCAUGUGCCACGAUAACUCUCUACGGACCGAGGCCUUACCUCUUGUCUUAUUAGGUAUCCGCAGCUCCUGGAAAGAAGACAUUCAAUCGUCUUCCGCCGAGUUGGUAUACGGCGAAUUCCUCCGUCUGCCCGGCCAGUUCCUGUCUCCGUCUGAUGGCUACACUGUGGAGGACCUUUCCUGCUUCGCGUCCCGUCUAAGGCCACACAUGGCCAAGCUCAUGGCAAAACCAGCUAAGUGGCACAGCAAUACUCCAUUUUACUCACCAAAAAGUCUUAAAGACUGCUCUCACUUAUUCCUGCGCCUGGACAGAGUUAGAAGAUCUUUGGAGCCCCCUUACGCAGGUCCAUAUAAGGUAUUGGAACGAAAAGAAAAGUACUUCAAGGUUUUAGUGCGAGACACAGCAAUGAACAUUUCGGUUGAUCGAUUAAAGCCUGCCUUCACCAGCAAUGAUAAUGCUGGAUUACUUGACACACCUGACAUUUCACCUGUACCUCCGCCCGAGGUUACUCAAAGGCGUACAAGGAGCGGUAGAAGAGUAUAUUUCCCAGACUACUAUCGACCGUGGGGGACCUAUGUGGCGACUAAAAGUUCGCACACUAUUAGAGCGAACGAAAAUCGCACUGGUUUUGGGCGAACGAUUAAUAACGCGGUUUCCGCCGCUAGUCGGGAACGUUCGUGAGAUGCGCCGAAGUUGAGACUUUGGGCGUCGUCGUGAA